GGUUAACUGGCGAGAUGGUUUUCAUGUUUGAGCAAACUGUUGAAACAGAAAUGGGUCCUUAUCGGAGAAAAUCAUCUCGUCAAUCAUGGAGUGAACAGAACAUGAAAGAAGCUAUUCUCGCGGUUCGUGGUAAGAAAAUGGGUUGGCUCCGAGCAUCGAAAAUAUAUUCUGUACCAUCCACGACACUACGUCGACGAGCGAAAAUUGCAGAUGGCUGGAGAAAGGGUUACCUAGGCGGUCGUAAAAGCACGUUUGAUAAAAACUUAGAAGAUGAAAUUGUCGCCCACGUAAAAAAUCUAGAAACUAGAUUAUUUGGUAUGUCUACAAAUGAUAUACGAAAACUGGCUUAUCAAGUGGCCGAAUAAUAAAAAUU